GUAAGACACUAGGAAGCACCGCAAAAUCGCUGUUGCGGCCGCAGCGAUUCAACAGGCGCCAUCUGACGCGCGCGUGCAGCGGCAAACGACCCAUUUGAAACGUUGGUUGCAAAAAAUUUAGGUUCAGCCAGCGCAAAACGCGGAAACUGAGCAGUGCUCUCCCAGGGCCCGCGGCAGUGUAAGCAAACGUUCAAGCACAGCCACGAAAGAUGGCAGAGCUCGCAGCAACAGCCGUCGAAGACGUCGACGGCGCAACAUUGGAGGGAGGCGGCCAACUUUUAAGAGUCGCCGUGGCGCUCGGCGUCGGCCUGGGCAAGGACGUGCGAGUCAAGAACAUAAGGGCGGCGCGGAGCAAGCCUGGAUUAAGACCGCAGCACGUCGCGUCCCUAAGGGUGGCGGCGGCCGUCGGUGGUGUUUCCGUGGCGGGCGGCGUCGGCGCCGUCGAGAUCACGGUAUGUGGAUCGAAAGCAACGGACAUAAACCAGGACGUUUUUGAAGCGGACGCGGGGACCGCAGGAAGUACGACAUUGAUGCUCCAGGCGUCGCUGCCGGUGUGUUUGCUGCGACGGCCUACAUUGACGACGAGGCUGAGGCUGAAGGGUGGAACGAACGUGCCCUUCUCGCCCGGUCUAGAUCAUGCGCGUCUCGUAUUGGCGCCGAACCUGAAACUCAUGGGUGUCAAUUUGGACGUGACCUGCGUGAAAAGGGGCUUCAUGCCCGAGGGCGGUGGGACUCUUGAAGCUACGAUCUCAUCUGAUGGUAUUAAACCAAUCGUGCUGGACGCGACAGAGGCGUCGCCGGAGCGCAUCGACGGCGUCGUGUUCGGGCGCGGCGAUGAAAAUGGAGGCAAUCGCCUCCGCGCGGCGCUCUCGUCAUCACUCAGCCGAGCGUUUCCCGGCUGCCUCGUGAUUGUUCGAGUGGAGUGGGCCCCAUCCGUGAAGAAGAGUAGAGGCACGCUCGGCGCGCAGCUCGCGUUGACGACGUCGAGCGGCGCGACGAUCGGCGCGGACUUUCUCGACGGUUCGAAGCGGCCUCAUAUUGAAGCUCUUUGCACGAAACUCGUCGCGGCGCUCAAAGAGCGACACACAAGAGCCGGCGGCGGCGUCGACGACCAGACGGCGGACCAGCUCGCGCUGUGCAUGGCGUUUGCAUCUGGGCCCUCGCGCCUACGCCUGCCAAAGCCUUCAUGUAGACAUUUGGAGACGGUGAUGCACUUCGCCUCGCGGUUCACGGGGGCUACAUACAAACUCGAGGGCGAGGGCGAGAGCGUCGUGCUGACCUGUACGCCUAAGACCUAGUAUUAUCUA